AUGCAAUACAGAGGGAACAGAGGUGGGCAAUAUGGGAUUAGACGAGCCUGGGAUACUAACAAUGGUGUGAAUGUUGACAAUUUACAGUUACUUCCCCAAGAAAUAACAAAAGUUAAUCAGAGAAGACGUAUAGAAAAAUCACUCAGCAUGUGCAGUGUGAAAAACUUAAUCCGGUUCAUGGACUGUAAUGUAGUUAUUGGGCGGUACUCUAUGAGGCUAGCGGUAAUAUACAGACCACCUCCUUCUAAACAGAACGGCUUGAAUACAAACACUUUCCUUGAUCAUGAGUGGCCCCUUUUCUUAACUAAGUACGCUACAGUUGACAAUUCUGCAAUCAUAGUAGGCGAUCUGAACCUUCAUCUAGAUAUACCACACAACAACGAUACGAGAAAACUUACAAGUAACCUUGAUGCAUGUGGUAUGCAUCAGCAUGUACAAGAACCAACCCAUCUUGCAGGUCAUACAUUGGACGUAGUGAUAUCAAAGGAAACAGACAACAUUGUAUCAAACAUAGAGGUCGUAGAUCCUGGACUCUCUGAUUCAAGUGGAAAUAUCUUACGUGACCAUUUUGCUGUUACAUUUGAUGUCAAAGCCUCAAAACCUGCACCGGUACGGAAAUUGGUUUCUUACAGAAAACUUCGCGCAAUUGACAUUGAUUCUUUUCGAGAUGACAUACGGAAAAUGGAAUUCUUCAACAAAGAGUGUAUCCCUUCUGACAUAGAUGGUUUUAUGAUGGAGUAUUCAGACAGUCUAACCUCUAUUUUGGAUAAACAUGCUCCGAUGAUUAACAAGACUAUUACAUUGAGACCUGCUUGUCCGUGGUAUACAGAGCAACUCCACGAAGCCAAACAUGAAAAACGUAAACUGGAACGGAAAUGGCGUGAAACUAAACUUACAAUAGACCAUCAGAUCUACAGAACACACUGUUCUAGUGUGAACAAGAUGUUAAAACAAGCUCGUGUAGAAUACUAUACAAGUAAAAUAGAGUCUUGUGGCAAUGAUCAUAAAAGUCUAUCUAAGAUUACCAAAGGUCUACUUGGAGAUACAAAUGAAGUGAUUCUACCAUUUGAUUCAUCUUCAGAGCGCCUUGCCCAGAAAUUCAGUGACUACUUUAUCGGAAAGAUUGAAACAAUAAGGAAUAACAUACGUUCUCAAACACAAUCGGUACCUGAUAAUGUAGAUAUGGAAUCUGAAUAUACGGGUGUCAAAUAUACUGUGUUUGCUCCAACCACAGAGCAAGAAGUGAAAGCAUUGAUUAAAAAAUCCGCCACCAAAUCCUGUGAGUUAGAUCCCAUUCCAACAUGGCUGUUAAAGGAAUGCCAAGAUGAACUAACACCAGUGAUAACCAGUUUUAUAAACGUGUCCUUGGAUGCUGCUUAUGUACCAAAAAUGUUCAAACACUCACGAAUAAGACCACUUCUAAAGAAACCAAAUCUAGAUCCUAACGAACUGAAAAUCUAUAGGCCUGUGUCUAACUUGCCAUUCCUGUCUAAAAUCUUGGAAAAGGUCGUUGACUCCACAUGGAGUACAGUGUACCUCAAGCGUCUGUCCUGGGACCCAAGAGGUGACCCAAGAGCUAGUGAUGUAUACGAAACAUGUCGGAGUGAUCUGCCGUAA